CUCAGCCUUGCAGUAGUUUCAGCUUCGGUUUCAGGACUCGCCCAGCAUGGCGGUGUCGGCUCCUGCCCUUUGGCACUGUAAUCUUCUGCCGCCCGCCAUCUGAGCUUGCCAGUCACACCAGAUCUCCGUUUGUCCGUCUCGCGCCGUGACCUUGGCAUGCUUUAAUACUCUGUCGACCACCUCGGGACGCCUGUGUUUUCUUCGAGGAUGGCAUCUUUCUUGCGCUCGUACGACUCACGCCUCGGCUCAGAGUACAGCUGGAUCCCAUCUGUCCAUGUCCGUCCAUGAUGGAACCCAUCCGACGUGAAGAACGCGAACUGGUCGUGGAAGACGAGACGGAAGCGUGCGGAAUGGAGUCUAACCACUGUCCUCAGCGUCCCGUGCCACUUUGAUCGCCUAGCCUUACGUUCCAAAAUCGCGUCUGCUCCCUCUCUACGCUCCGUAGAUGCGCGAGAAGAUGGAGGCACGCACUACAAGCCUAUGAGGAUGAGAGUUCAGAAUGGUAGCAGCUUCAAGUGUAUUCUUCGACCGGCUUGGUCGAGCACGAUGGCGAUUGCUACUGGCCGUACGAAUCUCGGAUGGCGGGUGAACGUCGGGCCAAGAAGCGCUCACAGAUGUAGGUAAACGCAGUCAUGAAUAUCGAACGACGAUUCUUGAAGAAAGCUUCCUUCCUACAUGCUCCUCGCCAAAAACAAAAAGGCCGAAAGAAAGGGCCAGACCGUCCAGACCCUGAGAUAGAUACGCCAAAUGCGCUCCUCGCGUGAUCGUGCCCUCUCUCAAGCAGGUUCUCGACCAAUUCCGUAGAGAGUAGUGUCUCUACAUGGCACAACCGCCGGAGGAUGCCGAUCCGGGAGUUCUGGCAAACACGUUGGCUUCGAAUGUCAACACUCUAUCCGUCGCCUGGUCCUCCCAUCCCUACGCGGAAAAUUACCAGGGUUUCCAGACUUCCUGACCUGUGCUGGGGAAAUGGCAAGCUUCUUCAGCAAAUCGAACGUCCAAACAACCAAACGUGCUGGAGACCGGUGACGAAUGUUGUGGCACUCUCGACGUGGAAUCUGACUGUCCUAAAGAUGGCAAAAGAGAGAUCGACAACACUUCUGUCCAGCACGUCAAAGGUGGACCGCCGGACAGGCAAGAUUUUGGAGAUGCGACCUUUUCACUGGGUCGUGAAACGCCUCAACGACGAGCUUGACUUCUGACGAGAACGGAACUGGUGAAACCAAGACGAUUGCGUGCUAUUUACAUGUCACCCUGCUACGUUGAUUUCGAGCCUACCGACAACAAUCAGUCACCUCACGUAAAGAGGCGACGGCAUUGAUUCGCUCACUAUGCGCUCGAAAGAAUCUACAGCAGACAGCAACGUGAUCUGCGCCAUUUCUUGGUCAUUCAAGUACCUUUCAAUUCUUCUUCUAACUUUACAAUUUUGUUUUUUGUUUUUUUUUUGACUCGGAUUACAAACUCGCAGCUUGCAAGCUUUCGGUGCACAUACUCCACACGUACAACCUCCCUUGGGAUUGGCCUGCAAGUGGGCGCAAUAUCACAAAAGCGCGAAUUAAAGAGAUGGAAAAUCAAAAUCAUAGGACUGACACGUCGUCUGUCAUCACUCGAAACUGAAGAUGCGAUCCGUCAAGCCUUGUUGCCUCUAUUCCAAGAGACACGUGGACUCCCCUCUCGCAUAUCUCUCCGACCCGAAUCUCCUCAUAUCGCUUCAUAAUGCCGUGCAUAAGCUUCUUCUUCCAUCCACUGUCAGAGACGAUCCUGUUGCGAGCACUCUCAAUUUCGCUGCGUCCAAUUAUAGGCACGGGCCUCAUGUACCAACAUGAAAGGAUAUAAUCCACCUUUGAGCUCGAAUUACUACAUGCAAGGUCAUAGAGAACUCUUAAUAUUAAGUCUGACAGUAUGCCAUACAUGGGGCACAUGUCGAUGAGGCGUGUAGGCUGGAAAAUACCCGAUCUGAGGAUUGCGCCGAUGUCUUUGUAAUGCCAAAACUGGAUGGUUUUGAUGCUAGAUCUGAAGUAGGGAGAUAGUUUCCGCAGUGACAACAUCCUGGCACUUAUCUGAUCGGUGGUUUCGAAUCCGUUGAUCUUGAGGACACAGCCCAGAUAAGCCAAGGCAUACGCGUCGUGGUAGAACCGGCGGCAUGUCAAGAGGACUUGGAGAUCUUUGUCCUUUCCUGGCUCCGUGUGAAAGACGUGGAAGAAGAUUGCAAUCCGUAGCUCCGCUGGGAGACCCAAAAAGGAAUUUUCCGGGUAGGUUCUAGCAAUCGGUUGUUCUAUCAAACCUGAUCUGGUU